GGCACGUGACCCAAAAUUUUUGUUUUGUUUUUCAGAUGUAUACAUGCGGUUGUUAAGUUCUCCGAUCGAAUUACAUCGUAAUCAUUGAAGAUUUAUCUAUCAAAAUGAAUGUUAAUAGCAAAUAUUUUAAGAACUUGCAAGUGUGAACUACCAGUGAAGAUUAUUCAUAAGUUUAAGCUGUGUUUUGGGUUUCAAAAGUUCUUUUCUAUACGCCCAUAAUUUCUGAUUAUGGUUUUUGAAUCUGUAGUUGCUAGUCUUUUAAAUAAGUUUUUAGGUGAUUAUGUUCAAAAUUUUGACAGUUCCCAGCUGAAAUUAGGAAUAUGGGGAGGAGAUGUAACAUUGAAACAUUUAGACGUAAAAGAAAGCGCUUUAGAUGACUUGGAUUUACCUAUUAAGGUUGUAUCAGGGCAUUUAGGUCGUCUGGUUUUGAAAAUACCUUACAAAAAUCUUUACACUUCUCCAACUGUAGCUACUAUUGAAGGUCUUUUUAUCGUUGUUGUUCCUAAUACUGGUAUCAAAUAUGAUGCAGAUAAAGAAGCAAAAGCAGCUGAAGCAGCAAAAAAAGCUGAACUACAAAAGUUGGAAGAAACGAAAUCAAAGCUUUCUGAUAAAAACAGUGGUAAAGAAGAAAAAAAAGAUACAUUUACAGAAAAAUUGGUAACUCAAAUAAUCAAGAAUCUGCAAGUUAAAAUAAAAGACAUUCACUUACGCUAUGAAGACGACUUCUCUGACCCUCAGAAUCCUUUUAGUUUGGGCUUUACUCUUCAUAAUUUAUCAUUUGAGACUACUGAUGAUAAAUGGGAAUCAGCUAUAAUUCAAGAAAGUGUUAAUAUUAUACAUAAGUUAGUGACUCUGGAUAGUUUGUCAGUGUAUUGGAAUAGUAAAACUGAGCUACUUUAUAAAUGUAGUGCUGAAAAAAGACAGGAUGAAAUGGAAAAAAGUAUUGCUACUUCAACAUUUAUUCCUCAUGACAUGAAAUAUAUGUUAGGUCCUAUUAACUCAAGAGCCCAGCUGAGAUUAAACUCAAGACCUGAAAUUGAUGGAUCAGGUUUUAAAAUUCCCAAAGUAUGGCUGAAUGUUGUUAUGGAGGAAAUAGCUGUUGGACUUUCUAGAUUACAAUAUCAAGAUUUAAUCAAGUUGUUGGAAUCUCUAGAUCGAAUGACAAUAGCAACAUUAUACAGGAAAUAUAGACCUAAUGUUCAGAAGAAAGGAAAUGCAAAAAUAUGGUGGAAGUUUGCUAUCAAUGCUAUUCUUGAAGAAGAUGUUCGUAGAAAAAGAAGAAACUGGUCUUGGUCUCAUAUGAAAUCUCAUCUUGAUUGCUGCAAAAAAUAUAAAACAGUUUAUGUUUUGAAAUUAUUGGGUAAAAAGUUCUCUCAUGAUUUGCUAAAUGAAUUGAAUGAUUGUGAAAAAGCCUUGGAUAUAUUUAAUAUAACUAUUGUGAGGAAACAAGCUGAAUUAGAAGCUUUAAGGUCAUCUAAAAAGGAAAAUAAACAAAGCUGGGGUGGCUGGUUUGGUAGCUUUUUUGGUAAAGAUCAACAUGCGCACAGCUCUGAAAGCAGUAAUGGAGCUAAAAUAGUUAAACAAUUUGAAGAAGCUAUGACUGCUGAAGAAAAAAAUAGGUUAUAUGAAGCGAUUGGUUAUCAAGAAAGUGCAGUUAUGACUGAAUACCCCAAAGAAUUUAUAGAAAACAAGCUAUUAUUCCUUCUGCACAAUUUGACAGUUACACUUUCAGAUGAUACAAGAAGUGAACCCCAAGUAUUAAAAGCCAGUCUUAAGGAAGUAUCUGCGAUUGUUGAGCAAAGACCUUCUGCCUCCGCACUUAGUUUCGAGUCCAAGAUAGAUAGCUUCAUUGUAAGAGGAGUACCUGUUGGAAAGUUUACUCCUACAAUUGUCUCCUCUAGGCAGUAUGAGUCAAGCAAUCUUCCAUUGCUUAAUAUUGCAUUUGAAACCAAUCCUCUUGAUGGAUCAUGUGAUCAACGAUUAAAUGUUCAAGCACAGCCAUUAGAAAUAAUCUAUGAUGCUAUCACUGUAAACAAUCUCACAGAAGUAUUUAAACCCCCUGAAAAUCCAGCAUUACAACAGCUUCAAGCAACAGCUAUGUUAAAAUUAGAAGAUUUAAAAGAGAUGUCAGCAUUUGGACUUCAGUAUGCUAUAGAACAGCAUAAAUAUUUAGAUCUCACCAUUGAUAUGCAGCCAGUUUUUAUUAUAGUUCCAGAAAAGGGUGUUCUUAAAGAUAAUUCAUCACUAAUUGUUAUAAGUCUUGGAAAUUUCACUAUGGAUAGUAGUAAGAGAGACCCUGAGUCACCAACUGUUAAAAGCCUUGUAAAGGCAGGAAGCACAGAGGAGGAAGUUUUGUCUACUAUGAUUGACAAAGCAUAUGACAAAUUCAAAAUAUCAGUGAAAAAUGUUGAAAUACUUCUGUCUCAAGCAGGAGAAGAUUGGCGAGAUUUUAUUGGAAAACUUGGUGAUCCUCACCAUUUAUUGUAUCCAUUAACAAUAAGUGUUGAUUUCCAUAAAUCUAUUGUGACCAUUGAUCCUCGAAUGCCACAGAUGAAAAUAGUGGGAGUUCUCCCUCUUUUGGAUGUUGGCAUAUCAGAUUGCCAAAUAUUUGAACUUGUAAAAAUUGCUACAAGUAUACCAUUGCCUGAGGGUGAAAAAACAACUACUGACAGAAGCUCUUCUACGAUUCAAAAUUUACCAUCUGCUGUUGGAGCUGACUUAGUUAAUACAAAAGUAGUGCAGCAAAUUAAAAGAGAGGCUGUUGAAAAUGUGAAAAAUCUUUCAAGUGAAACAGAUGAUGAUGAUGACAGUAGUAUCAGCAGCCAAAAAAUACCUGUUCAGAGUACUAGCUUGGAGUUAAUCUUUGAUAUACAAGAAUUUUCGUUUGCUAUUUCCCGAGGGAUGAAUGAAAAUGAAGUUAAGAUGUUUAGAUUGGCAUUUCAUAAACUUGGAACAAAUGUAACUAUGCGAACAUUUGAUAUGAGUGCAAAUGUUUAUUUGGGAAGUAUACUUUUGGAACACCCUGAGUUCUCAACACCUAGUGGAGAAGUUUUGAAAAUGAUUUCAUCAACUUCAAGAAUUUCAGAUGAAAAUUUGUUUUCUUUAAAAUACCUCUCUGUUAACAAGAAGGCUCCUGAUUUUGAAACAUUAUAUGAGUCUACUUUGCAAGCAGUGACUGCAGAUUUUAAAUCGAUUGAUGUUAUUCUUCAUCAGGAAGCAAUUUUAAGUUUAAUGGACUUUUCAAAUACUGUUUUGUCUAAUAUGCAGUCAGAUUCUGAAAAAAAUGAGCCUGUCAGACUGGAUUCUACUUCUUCCAAAAAAGAAACAUCAGUUGAAAAGACAAGUUCAAAAACAGCAUCUUCUAGGAAAAAGGCUGCUUCUCAAAUUAUUGAUAUGAAGCUGGUGGCUGCAAUGGAAUCAAUUAGGCUUGUUGUUUGUAACAAAAAAUAUGAUCUUACUGAUAUAAAAAUCAAAGGAAUGAACGCUGCCAUUACUUUACAAAAAACAAAAACAUGUGUUUCUGCUUCCUUGAAGGAUGUCAUUGUUUCUGAUCCAGCUUUUGAUGCUGUAUAUCCUCAAAUUAUAACUACUGUAGCUGGAGAAGUUCUAGACGUUAAGUUAGUCAUGUUCAAUAAUGCAACAGAUGAUGAAAAUUAUAUUGAUAUGUCAGCUGUAGACAUGAGUGUGUCAGUCAGUUUUGGAAGAAUGAAGAUUGUGUUUUUGAAUAAAUUUGUGUCUUCAUUAUUGUACUUUCUUGAUCAUUUCCAAGUAGCAAAGGAUAGAGUGGCAGAAGCUAGUGUGGCAGCUGCUGAAGUAGCAAAACAGAGUAUGGAAGAAGUUUAUGAGAAAUCAACUAGAAUUUUGCUGAAUAUAAUUAUUGAAGCCCCUGUUAUAAUAACUCCACAAAAUUCAAAAUCUUCAAAUGCAAUAGUUGCAGACCUUGGAGUUUUAAAAAUUUUGAACAAAUUUUUACUAGGCGAAAAAAGAAAUGAGUUAGGAAUGCCAGUGAUAUUUGAGGAAAUGUCCCUUCAUUUGACCGACCUUCAAUUGUUCAGAGCUCUUGUUCAACCUAGUAAUGCAGAGGUUAUAGCUGAGUGUCUUAUUUUAGAUCCAAUUAGUUUCAAUUUAGAUAUUACAAGAAAUCAUUCAUUUACUUGGUAUGUUGAUCACCCAGAAAUUCACAUAACAGGACAACUUGCAGCUGUGAAGGUCACAUUGAGUCAAGAGGAUUACAAUACUGUUAUGAAUGUUCUUGGAGAGAAUUUGGCUGAAACAUGUGAAGUUGUUGAAACACCCAUUACUUCAACUACAGUAACUCAAACAUCAUCUUCUAAAACACCAACAACAUCUACUGCUUCACAACCAUCAACAAAAGCUGAGAUAACCACUGCAGUAGUCAUUGGAAAAAUCCAUCCUCGAAUGAAAUUCGAUUUUGUUUUGGAUAGUGUCACAAUCAUGCUUUGUCAUGGUGAAACUGAAUUGGUCAAAGGUGUAUGCGAAAGACAUAAUUCUUGCUCAAUGGCUGAAGUGGAAGUUAAAAUACUUGAAGCUCAUGCUGAAAUGAUGACCGAUUCUUCAAUGAUAGCAAAAGUGUACCUUAAAGAUGUUACUUUGGAUGAUACUAGAGAAAUUCGAAAAGAAGGCAUUACUCGAUUAAUGAAAAGAUCGACAACACAGGAAUCAAAUAGUAUGAUAGAUGUUGAGUUCAGCCAAACACCUACUGGUGAAAAAAGAGUACAAACGACAGUUUCUAGUUUUUCUCUUGUCUUCUGUCUUGACUACAUAAUGAUGUUGUCAGAGUUUUUCACUGGAUCACCAAAAUCAUCUACUUCAAGUAACCCUGCAAAUCCAGAAAUACACUCUAAGCAGCAAGCAUCUUUAACACCUUCACAUUCUGUAUCAGAGCAUAGUCUUAGUGAAGCUAGUGGUGCAACUGUGAUAUUUUUAAAAGUGCAAAAACCUGAUAUAGUUCUCAUAGAAAACAUUGAAGAUAAUGAUUCAAGUGCAAUAUUUCUUAAUAAUGAAAUUGAUUUGAAAGUUACAAUGGUUGGUUCAUCUCAAGCCAUAUCUGGAUCUAUCACAAAUUUGACAUUUUAUACAGCAUGUUUUAAUUCAGAGAAGCGACUUGAAACUUCAGCAAAGAUUCUUAGCCCCUGUGAUAUUGAUAUUCAGUGCAAUUUCCGUGAACAUUCUCAACACAUGGAUGUCAUGUUUAGAGACCUUAUUUUGCAUAUAACUCCAGGCACUGUUCAACUUCUUUCUAACAUACUGUCUUCUAUAGUAUCCGAGCCAGCCAAAGAAGAAGAUAAAAUCUCUAAAGAAAAGGAAGAUUAUUCUGAUAUAUGGACACCAAAACCCUUAGAAGGCAAACAUUGGUUUUUAGAAACACUUGUUGCGGAAGAUGCAAUGUCAGAAAUUAAAGAUGACUCCAUCAGUAUUGUAGCACCAACUCUACAUCAACAAAUGCUUUUUACCAUGAGAAAAAUCAUAAUAACUAUUGAAGCUGGAGUUGGAGCUCGAACUGUUCCAUUACUACUUAUGGAGUCCUCCUUUCAAGCUGAUAUACAAGAUUGGGCUAGUAAUCUGUAUGUAGGAAGCUCAUUCAGUAUGGAAAUGUCAUACUAUAAUGAAAAGAUUGCCGUAUGGGAACCUAUCAUUGAACCACUAGAAACAACUAAAGGACAUCGUUCCUGGGAAAUAAUGUUGGAGCUAACCAAAGAUACAGAUACUUUAGACCUUAGUCCUGAUGAUGAUGAUGAACCUGAAGAAGUAGUGUUUCAACCACCACAAAUGGGCUUACAAAUAGUGGCACAAGAUGUUCUUCAGCUAACAGUUAGUAAAACAUGUUUAGAUGUUCUGUCUACUUUGGGACAGGCAUUUCAAGAUGCUGUGAGCAAAGCUGUUGGUAAAGAAUCUACAAUGCCUUAUGCUCCUUUUCAUGUGAAUAAUUAUUUAGGCAUUCCUAUCAAUAUAAUCCUGACCAAUGGAACAUUUCAGGUAUUAAAUGAAGAUAAAGAUUACAACUGUGUAAAGCUUGAAUCUGGUUGUCCUCCAUUGCAUUUAGUAUAUGGGUCUUCCAAAAAUUCAGAUUCUAACAGAAUGUCUGUCUUGAAAAAACAAGAUACUAAAGAAGAAACAUAUUUUAAUAUAAUGAUCUUAGAAGAUGGUAUGAAUGUUGAACGAAGAAUAUCUGUUGCUUGUACUGACAAGCGAUUCUUCCAGUUACCUCGUGUUACGUAUCCUGGCAACCGAUGGGGUUUUGUUAUGUCUAUUCAAUCACUAUAUGGCUCAAAAUUCAUCACAUUCCAUUCCAUCCUGCAGGUUCAUAAUCAUUUUUCUACACCAAUGGAUGUCUAUUUCAUGAAAGAGUCAAUGAAUGAAGUUGAAUGGUGUUGCACAGUCGAACCAGACAAGACUGAAAAUCUUCCACUCCAUGCUAUUUAUACUACAACAAGUGAACUGUUUUUUAAGCCUAAACAUCUGGAACCUUCGUAUACACUGACACUUCCUCCCUUUGCUUGGAAAGAUUUAGUUGAUAAUUCAUCUACGGAAAAAAUAGUUCAUUGCAAGGAUAAAGAAUCUAACAAAAAACCUUUUUAUAUAAGUAUUGCAGGAGAAGCUGAACGGAUUUAUUAUGAAGAAACUAAUCGCAAAACAUUAUCUAGCUCAUUGUACAAAAUACAUUUGAAUCCAACUGUUGUAUUAAGGAACUUGCUUUUAUAUCCCAUCAAUUAUUCUAUGCAGGGUGUAAGUAAGGAUUAUUGCUUAGCUGAAGGAGAAAGUCAUGACCUGUGGGCUAUUGAUUUAGAUAAACUUGGCCUUGAAAUAAGAAUAAACAGCUAUUUAGAUAGAAAUUGGACAUGCUACAAAGUAUUGAAGAAACAAGUGGAUGAAAUCAGUGUUUGGGUAUUUGAUUCCCCCACCAGCGACAGAACUUUGCAUUUAGCUUUAGGAGUGCAUUCACAAAGAAUUAAUGGUUGCCUUGUUAUGCAACUGUAUUCACCAUUUUGCAUGGUGAAUAAAACUGGAAUGAUGUUAACAUACAGAGAAACAAGAAAGCGUCUUGAUUUCAAAUCUUGUUGCUAUUCAUCGGGAGAAGAAGAUAAUAUUAUUCGACAUCCUGCUGAAAUUAAUCCAGUGAUGUUUUCUUUUAAAGCUAAAGCAUUUUUUGCAAAGAAAAAGGCAUCAUUGAAAAUCGGAGAUUCUGAGUGGUCUGACAAAUUUUCUCUGGAUGCUGUUGGAAGCUCUGGAACUGUUAUUGCAAAAACCAAGAGUGGGAAAACAUAUGGAUUAGGAGUGCAAAUAAAGCUAAGUCAAGCUGGAUUAACAAAAAUGGUUAUCUUCACACCUUAUUAUCUUUUAGUAAACAACUGUGAACAAGAAAUAGAAGUAAUGGAAAUUGGUACAUCUGAGUGGUUAAAAAUCCCAACCUCUGAGGAAAUUUCCCAAGAUUCUUCAUCAAAGAAAAGGGAAAAUUGUGUUAGAUUCUGGCCUAAUGAUUCUAAUGCGGCUGAAAUNUUUGUAUACAUAUGUAGUUUUUAUAAAGGUGGUAUAGUCGUCAAUUGUCAAAUUUCAGAAUCAUCAGUAAUUGUCACAUUUGAAGAUUACUUUCCUGGUCAUGCUGCAUUUUUAUUAGUUAACAAUUUAGAUGAUGUUCCAAUAACUUUUAAUCAGAGUGGUGUAUCAAAAGAAAUCAAAGUAUUACCUAGAUCUUCUCAACUGUACACUUGGCAAAAUCCUCAAGGGGAAAGACAUCUCAAAUGGACUUGCAAUGAAGCCAGUGGAGAGCAUGACUUGGUUAAGGAUGGUAUUGGCGAAUUAACACCCGGAGAAAAUAAAAAGUUUUACUGGGUGUCAUUUUUAGAUGGUGUGCAAAGAGUUUUUAUGUUUACCGAUGAUCUAGCUCUAGCUACUGCAGCUCAGCAAGCAGGUGAACUAGAAAGAAUUGAGCAAGAAAUAGUAAUAAUGCUACAAGGUGUUGGCAUGUCUUUAGUUAACAAUGAUACAAAAGCAGAAAUAAUGUAUAUGGGCAUAACUAGUACUGGAAUAAUAUGGGAAGCAAGAAAAAAGAGAAGCAAACGAUUUAAACCAUUAAGUGUUAAGGAAGUAGAAAUAAUAGAAGCUGCUUACCAAAAAUAUCAUAUGGAAAUUAAAGUUGGAAAAAAGCCAAAGUCUUCUGUUUUAAUGAAUGGAAAAAUGGAGAUUGAUUUCCAAGCUAUGGUAAUGAUUAAACCUUUGCAAAGAGUUAUUAGGCGAACAUAUGCCUAUGGCUUAUGGUUACAGUAUAAGACUUCACCACAUCAACUUCAAGUACAUGCAAAAAUUCAUAACCUUCAAAUUGACAAUCAGUUAAUGGACUGUGUAUUUCCUGUGGUUUUAGCACCUGUUCCUCCUCCAAAAUCAGUUGCUGCUGAAACAGAACCAAAACCAUUUACUGAACUUAGUAUCAUGCUUCGCAAAGCAGAACAUAGUGAAGUUCUUCAGUUGAAGUAUUGUAAGAUAUUGGUUCAAGAAUUUCAUAUUAAAUUGGAUCAAGGCUUUAUAAAUUCAAUUCUACAAUUUUUCACACCUGACCAAGCUCCAGAAAUAGACCAUAUAAAAAUGUUAACUCUUGAUAAAACUACUGCAAUGUCAACUCUUAAAGAUGUUGCUGCUGUGUAUUCAACUCAAGAAAAGUUAUUCUAUUUUGACAACCUGCAUUUUUCUCCUCUAAAGGUCCAUAUCAGCUUUUCUAUGACUGGUGCAAAUCAAGAAGAAAGCAACAAACCUACUCCCAUUCAUUCAGAUUUUUUGAAUUUACUACUACAGAGUGUUGGAGUUACUCUAACUGAAAUACAAGAUGUGGUUUUCAAACUGGAUUAUUUUGAAAGAAGAUAUGUAUUUAUGUCUCAAAAUCAACUUAUAGCAGAUGCAUCAUCUCAUUACAUAAGUCAAGCAGUAAAACAGGUUUAUAUGCUUGUUCUUGGAUUGGAUGUGAUAGGCAAUCCUGUUGGUCUUCUUCUUGGCUUAGGUGAAGGCGUUACAGAUUUAUUUUAUGAACCAUUCCAAGGUGCUAUUCAAGGGCCUGAAGAAUUUGCUGAAGGUCUUGCACUUGGUGUAAAAUCACUUUUUGGCCAUGCAAUAGGUGGUGCUGCUGGAGCAGCCUCACGAAUUACUGGCACUCUUGGAAAGGGUAUAGCUGCCUUGACCUUGGAUAAGGAUUAUCAGAAGAAAAGACGACAGAACAUAAGUCGCCGUCCUCAAGAUUUCACGCAUGGAAUAGCUGAAAGUGGUAAAGGACUUGUCAUGGGGGUAUUUGAUGGUGUAACUGGUAUUGUUACAAAGCCGAUUGAAGGUGCUAGAGAAGGAGGUGUUGGUGGAUUUUUCAAAGGUGUUGGCAAAGGUUUAAUUGGUGUUGUAACACGACCAACUGCAGGUGUAGUCGACUUUGCCAGUGGCUCUUUAGAUGCUGUGAAAAGAGUUACACAAGUCUCUGAUGAAGCUAAGCGUAUUAGAACUCCUCGCUUUAUUAAAGCGGAUGGAAUCAUUCGUCCCUAUGUAAAAAGAGAAGCUGAAGGGAAUAAACUUUUACAGGAAGUUGAAAAAGGAAAAUAUUCAAACACUGACGUUUAUGUGGCUCAUGCUACAGUAGGAGAUAAAUUGUUCCUUUUGGUUACUAACAACCGAGUCAUGUAUAUUGAAAAAGGAGAUAUAUUCGGACAAUGGGAUACCGUGUGGGAAUACCUCUAUGAAGAAUUAAAAGGACCACCUGAGGCCACUGACAAAGGCUUAAGACUCAUGCUCUUGACACCUCACCGUAAAGGAAUAUUUAGUAAAAAUGUGGCAGGAAAACUUGUUCAUAUAACAGAUCUACAAGUUUGUCAGUGGAUUGCUGAUAAAAUAAAAGAAGUUAUGAGAACGUGAAAAUAAUU